ACCAUUGCAAUUUCGAUCCAUAAUCCCUUACGAUCGUGACUCGUAAAACGAAAAAGUCUAACCACAAAACCAUUUUACGUAAGCAGGGAAAACGCGGGCUGGCUGCUAAGGAAUCUUCGUUUCACCCAUGUUUCCGUCUUUGCCUCUGUUUUAUUUUUAACCCUAACACCGAAACCAAAACCAAAAAAACAGAACAAACGCCCAUAUAUAAAUACAAGACUCAACCCUACGACACGAGAGAAGGAAUAGAAGGAAAGGCAAAAAGAUUGCAUUUUCAACUUGCUGCAACAUUUGCACUCAACCUCUUGCUUCAUCCCAAAACUAUAGCUUAAUCUUCACAAAGACAAAGGGAGAAAAUAAAAGAAAAGAAGGUUCCUUUGCUUGAAGAAAAACGAUCCCUUUCUUGUGAGAAAGUAGACAAGAGAACCUGAUCAAAGGAUUCCUGGCUUGGCUUAUUAAGUCUGAUUGUUGAAUUUUUCUAUAUCUGAAUAUGGGGGAUCAUUUUGUAUUACUAGUGGACCGGUUGCUGACAGAGUCCACAUUGGAAGCUGCAAUUGAAAGCAGGAACCGGUCUUUGCAGGCCACUGCAUCAACAGUUGAUGACACAAAAAUAUUCAAUUCUUCUCCAAAGUUGGAUUUAUCGUCCCCAAGGAAAAUUGUCGAAUGCAGGAUAUGCCAAGACGAGGAUGAAGAUUCAAAUAUGGAGACCCCUUGUUCUUGUUGUGGCAGCUUGAAGUAUGCUCAUCGUGGAUGCGUACAAAGAUGGUGCAAUGAGAAGGGCAACACUACCUGUGAAAUAUGCCAUCAGCAAUUCAAGCCAGGCUAUACUGCACCACCUUCCUUGUUUCAAAUUGGGCGUAUUCCAAUGAAUUUGAGAGGAAACUGGGAGAUUUCUAGGAGGGAGUUAAACAAUUCCCGCUUUAUAGCAGUGGUCUCAACAGAUCGUAGCUUACUGGAUUCUCGUUAUGAUAAUUAUUCAGUCUCGACUACAAGAAGCUUGAUAUGUUACCGUACAGUUGCAAUAAUUUUCAUGCUUCUUUUGGUUUUGCGACAUACCGUUCCUGUCAUACUAAGUGAAACCAACGAGUUCUCUUUCCCAUUGUUUAUGUUGUUAUUACUUCGGACUGUUGGGAUUAUCCUGCCAAUCUAUGUUAUGGUUAAAGCAGUGACUGCGCUCCAUCGCCGCAGGCGGCAACAGGAGACGCCAAAUUCAUUGUUUACUCAAUCAGAUGAAGAAACUGAGCAUUCUAUCAUGCAAACUCAGCCUCACAUGGUUAACAUCCAUUGAAUUGCAACAUAGGUUCACCAAAAGUGAUCACAAGAUGAGAACACACCACCAAUCUUUUUAUCUGUUUCAUGAUUCAAGGUAAAUGAAACGAGUAAAAAACUGGAAGGUUUUGAUCUCAGUGGAUAAUACAAGAGGGCUUGUAGUUUGACAAAGUAUUGUAAUAGCCGUACAAAAUGUUUUGGAAAUUGUCUUAAAAAAUUGUACAGUAUGGGAAAGAUCCUAAUUGUGUAUAGUCAAAGAAAAUAUACAUUCAACCAAAGAAAUCCAAAGAAUGUACUGUGUAUAUUAACCAUUGUACGGUAUAUAAAAGAACAGCUGCAGUACAAGUGAAUAAACUUUAUCCUACUCCAA